CAUUAAUUUGUGGGUGUGUGUGGUUAAACCAAGGCCCCUGCUUACAUGCAUUUUAUUGCACUUAUUGCAAAUAUUUUAAAAUAUAUUUCAGAUAUAUUAUUAUUUAUAAAUAUUUCAUUUCAAAACCUGCACUUUCUUACUCACUGUGCUUUGUAGACACGUGCAUCAUUUUGCACAGUACAAGCCAAAGCACGAGUCAGCGUGUGAAAUGAAAUGCCUCAGCAAGAACAAAGACAAUGCAACUCUCCAUUGGGCUUCAACAGCAAGCUUAUGUGUUGUUCAUCAGCUGAGCUGCAACAGCCGAUGCGACUCGUCCAGCCAUCUGCACGUGCACACGCUCGUCACUUCUGAGACUCCUCUCACAGCUGCUUUAUAUAUACAAACUUCCAUCCGUCAUCAUUGAGAGAUCAAUUUAUUCCAAGCAAAUAGGUGCUGGAUAUUCUAUAGCAUCGAUGCAUUUGGGAAACUGAGGAUUUAUGGACGGUGUUCAAUGGAAGAACUAGGAUAAAGUCCUUUAAGCGUCUCCUUUAGCGUAUUUUUGGAUCAGUUUCGUUCUUGUCUUGGUCGUAGACCCAUGGCAAAGUGGUUUAGAGAUCACCUAAGUUUUGGCAGCAGGAAAGGACCGCCACAGCCCCCGAAACCCGACUACACCGAAAGCGAGAUCCUACGAGCCUACAGGGCUCAGAAAGAGCUGGACUUUGAGGACCCUUACGAACCCUUGGAGAACCGGGUGCUGAACCGCUCCGGGUCGGUGAAAACAUUCCCAGCGUUUGGCACGGUGCUGUCUAACGGUGUGGAGGUGAAGAUCGUGUCUCCCAAACACAGACUGAUAAAAGUGGAAUCUCAGGAAUUUGGGUGUAGCAGAAUACCACUGAACAUCGUGACCUUUGAGGAACCGCAGGCCCCUGUGGUUCCCUCGGCUCCUGCGGUCGGGGAGACUGAUUACUCGGACCCGUUUGACGCCAGGCCGGACCCGCGGCCCAGACCCGGCUGGGAGCAGAACGCCGUGGAAGCCUGCAGCAGUUACAUGGAGCCGUUUGAGGCCCAGCGAUUCAUAAGCGGGCUCCAGCACAGCUCAGAUCAAGGCAGAAACAGCCCGCAGCUGUACGACAGCCCGUACGAGGAGAGAGUUUGGCCCCGUGCGGCCCCUGAGGAGGACGAGAGAGAGAGCCGUCUGCCCCAGGAUGACGAGAGGCCGGCGGAUGAGUACGACCAGCCCUGGGAGUGGAAGAAAGAGAACAUCUCCAAAGCCUUCGCCGUAACUUUUGAAGCCAGAGACCGGGAUCAAUGCACGCUGCCCCGUGACGAGGCAUCGAGGAAGGCAGGAGCGUCCAGAAUCAGUCCUUCGUCCAGCAGAGCCACCAGCCUGCACAAACCCAACAACACGCACGGCAUCCUGGGGGAGAGAGUGGAUCCCACGCUGCCCCUGGAGAAGCAGGUAUGGUACCAUGGUGCACUGACUCGCUCAGAAGCUGAAUCUCUGCUCACGCUGUGUAAGGAGUGCAGUUACCUGGUGAGGAAGAGCCAGACGAGCCGAAACGACUACUCACUGUCUCUCAGGAGCUGUCACGGGUUCAUGCACAUGAAGUUCUCGCAGUCUCGUGAUGGGAAGUUCAUCCUGGGAGAGAACAGUCCUCCGUUUGAUUCCAUCCCUGAAGUCAUUCAUUACUACACCACCAACAAACUGCCCAUCCGCGGAGCCGAACACCUGUCUCUGCUGUUCCCGGUGCUGGUGCAGACGCUCUGAGACCCCCCACACACACACACGGUUAUCACGCGCUCGCUCGCACACAGACACACUCAGGGCUUCACUCAGACGGCUACUACAUUCCUUCAUUUUCAAUCACAUAUCACAGGCUCUUCCAGAGUUUGAUUCGUGUUUGGAGUGGGAAUAUGAUUUUUCAAGCGUGUGAUCAAAUUCAUCCCUGGUGUGAAUGAAAACACAGGUGGCCUGUAGUGACACUGUAUCGAUGUGCGACACGCGUGUGAAGAAUAUUUUCCGCACCACUGGACUCUAAAGUGUCUUCGUGUCACACUGGGAACUGCAAUAUUAUUACUCUCUCUGCUCUAAACUCUGCAUGAUAGAUUUAACAUCUGAGGAUAAAAUGUAGCCCGACCAAAGUAUUUCUAAAGAUUUUGCUAAAUACUAAAAAGCAAUGAUGUACAGUUAAAAUCCUAUUCUCUGUAGGAUUUCUUGAUUUUAAAAAGUGAAAUAAUUCACCUGAAGAGACGGUUGUCAUCAUUUGCUCAUUCUCAUGUCAAUCAGAAGAACCUGUUUCUUUCUGCUGAACACAAAAGAAGAUAUUUUUAAUUAUUUUUUUAUGUUUUUUUUUUUUUCAUGCAUGCAGUGAAAGUGGAUGGUGACCAUGGUUGAAAUACUCUACAAAGGACAAAAUCUGCAUAAAAUUCUUCUAGAGCCGUACAUUAACUGUGUGUGAAGAACAUUCUCAUUUGUGUUUUGCAUAUCCAAACUAAGGCAGAGGGAAAUACAUAUAUAAUAACUUAAAUUCUGGUAUGUUUAUAUCAUUAUUAGAGCAUGCUGUUGGUCACCAUCCUCUACAUUGUAUUGCAAAUUUAGUACUGCUCUAGUAAAUUUCUCUUUUUGUGUUCUGCUAUAUAAAAUCAUGCUGCUUUGGAAUGACAUGAGCAUGAGUGAAUAAUGAUUGGACUUUAAUCUUGGGUGACUGUUAGGAAAAACGAGGGUCUCUUUUUAGGUACAGGAAGCCAGCCCUUAACUUCCUUUUGUCACUAACUAGAAGCAGUGAAUCAUUGUUAAGCUGUAAGGAAGUGAAUAUAUGACACUGGAAUGUUCCCAAUGUGACUUUCGCUUGUCCGGAUGUCCAUCUGCAAACAUGGAUUUGUUCUGCUCCCAGAAUCCCGGGCGGCUGAGGAUGAUGGAAACAGGAAGUGAUGUCCUCUGACCAUCUUAAAGCUGCACUUUCAUUGGCUUCAGUGCUUGUCGCAUGACAGAAAGCAGUCAUUACUGUGGCAUUUGGCUUCACUUAAGGCAGCUGUCUCAGUGCUACCCGUCAUUUCACUCACGCUUAGUGUCGCCGGCUCGUUUCUGAGGACUUCUUAGCAAUGCUUAAAGCUUCAUGAGAAACCUUACAUGAACCGUCUCCUCUUAGUUAAUCUGGGUUUAUGUGAUAUUUGAAAUAAGGUCACAUAUAAUCAUAUGCCGUGUUUGUUAAUGCAGAUGAAACUGGAGCAUAUUCCUCUGAAGAAAAACACAAUCUUCUGCUGUGUAGUGAGUGUUAUAGUAAACCGCUUUCAAAUGAAUUAGGGUUUGGGAUCAGUUUACUUGCACGUCCUCCGAACACACACACACACACACACACACACACUAUACUUUGUUUAGACACAGGGUUUCUAUUGCUAUAGAGAUCCACACGGUAGCUAUUGUUUGUUAUAAUGACUAAUUUUACUGUGUUUUUGUUUUUUCUAUUUGCUGUUUUCCAGCUUUUCAUUUCUUUGGAAUAAAUUAGGAGUUGUUUUCUAAAAAU